GGUGGUCAUGCUUUCUUCGCGUGCGUUUCCGGCACGAUCGUGUUGUUUCUUACACAGGGCAUAUAUCUUGACUUCCCCAGCUAGGACCCCCGCCGCUGAGGUCCUCGGGAAUCAGCCGGAAGUACCGCGUGCGAGCUGGCUGUCCUGCUUGGUCGCGGUGUGCGAUCCGCGUGUGCAGCCGCGUGGGCCAUGGGGCGGCGGGCGAGGGGCCGGCGGCUGCAGCCGCAGGCUGAAGGCGCGGAGGACGACGCCGAGGGCGGCAGGAAGCGCGACCAGGCGGGCUGGGAAGGUGGCUAUCCCGAGAUCAUCAAGGAGAACAAGCUCUUCGAGCACUACUAUCAGGAACUCAAGAUCGUGCCCGAGGGAGAGUGGGACCAAUUCAUGGACGCACUCCGCGAGCCCCUCCCGGCCACGCUGAGAAUCACUGGUUACAAAAGCCAUGCAAAAGAGAUUCUCCAUUGCUUGAAGAACAGAUAUUUUAAGGAGUUGGAGGAUCUAGAGGUGGAUGGGCAGAAAGUUGAAGUUCCACAGCCACUAAGCUGGUACCCUGAGGAACUUGCCUGGCACACAAAUUUAAGUCGGAAAAUCUUGAGAAAGUCCCCACUGUUGGCAAAGUUUCAUCAGUUCCUGGUUAGCGAGACCGAGUGUGGAAACAUCAGCCGGCAGGAGGCCGUCAGCAUGAUCCCCCCACUGCUGCUCAAUGUUGAGCCCCAUCAUAAGAUCUUAGACAUGUGUGCAGCCCCUGGAUCGAAGACCACACAGUUAAUCGAAAUGUUGCAUGCAGACAUGAGUGUCCCCUUUCCAGAGGGAUUUGUUAUCGCAAAUGAUGUGGACAACAAGCGCUGCUAUCUGCUCGUUCACCAGGCCAAAAGGCUGAGCAGUCCCUGCAUCAUGGUGGUAAACCAUGAUGCCUCCAGCAUCCCUAGACUCACGGUAGAUGUGGACGGAAGGAAAGAGAUUCUCUUCUAUGAUCGAAUUUUAUGUGAUGUUCCUUGCAGUGGGGACGGCACGAUGAGAAAAAACAUUGAUGUCUGGAAGAAGUGGACCACCUUAAACAGCCUGCAGCUCCACGGCCUGCAGCUCCGGAUAGCAACUCGGGGUGCUGAGCAGCUGGCAGAAGGCGGCAGGAUGGUGUACUCCACGUGUUCCCUGAAUCCUGUCGAGGAUGAAGCCGUAAUAGCGGCUCUGCUGGAAAAGAGUGAUGGUGCUCUCGAGCUUGCUGACGUAUCUGCCGAGUUGCCAGGACUGAAGUGGAUGCCUGGAGUCUCCGAGUGGAAGGUCAUGACUAGAGAUGGGCAGUGGUUUGCAGGCUGGGAUGAGGUUCCCCAGGGCAGGCACACACAAAUUCGACCUACUAUGUUCCCACCAAAAGACCUGGAGAAACUGCAAGCAAUGCACCUAGAGCGAUGCCUUCGAAUACUUCCGCAUCAUCAGAAUACUGGAGGGUUCUUUGUAGCAGUAUUGGUCAAAAAAGCAUCAAUGCCGUGGAAUAAGCGUCAGCCAAAGGUACAGAGUAAAUCUUCAGAGCCCAGGAAGACCACAGCAUCCAGUUCUGUGGGUGCCACAGAGAGGAAUCCUGGAGACCGCUCUGAGCUGGACGAUGACUCAGAAGUAACCCAGUGCACUGAGAACACAGAGAGUAAUGAAAAGAAAGAUGGCGUGUGUGGGCCUCCUCCUUCAAAGAAAAUGAAAUUGUUUGGAUUUAAAGAAGAUCCAUUUGUCUUCAUUCCUGAAGAUGACCCUUUGUUCCCGCCUAUUGAGAAGUUUUAUGCCUUGGACCCUUCAUUCCCGAGGAUGAAUUUGUUGACACGAACUACAGAAGGGAAGAAGCGGCAGCUUUACAUGGUCUCCAAGGAGCUGCGGAACGUGCUGCUGAACAACAGUGAGAAGAUGAAGGUCAUUAACACUGGGAUAAAAGUCUGGUGUCGAAAUAACAGUGGUGAAGAGUUUGACUGUGCGUUCCGUUUGGCACAGGAGGGAAUAUAUACAUUGUAUCCAUUUAUUAAUUCAAGAAUCAUCACUGUGUCCAUGGAAGAUGUGAAGACACUGUUGACCCAGGAGAACCCAUUCUUCAGAAAACUCAGCAGUGAGGCCUACAGUCAAGUCAAGGACUUGGCAAAGGGAAGUGUUGUGCUGAAGUACGAACCGGAUUCUACGAAUCCAGAUGCCCUCCAGUGCCCCAUUGUGCUGUGUGGGUGGCGGGGAAAGGCUUCUAUUCGAACUUUUGUGCCUAAGAAUGAGCGGCUUCAUUAUCUCAGGAUGAUGGGUCUGGAGGUAUUGGGAGAAAAGAAAAAAGAUGGAGUCAUUCUUAACAAUGAGAGUUUAAAUGAGAGUUUAGACAGCCCAGAGCAGCCCGAAAAUGAUGAGGGUGCCGAGCAGACAGCACAAGAGGCCAGCAUCUCAGACAGCAUCACUGGCUGUGACCCAGCUGCAGCUGAACCAUCCCGGUGAAGACAUCUCCACAUGCUGAACUGGCUGUUAGACGAAAUCCAGAACAUCCUUAGCUGCGGAGUAUAUUGAUAGGGCCUGUACGUGGGUGGGUGGUGGCAGUCUGGGGAGCUGUAUUUUCUAGCAUUUAGGAGUCGCUUCGGCAAAUUGGAUCCAUGUUUCUGCUACUAAAGGCUAAAGCAAAAUAGCCUUUGCAGAAGUUCAGGUCUCUUGUUGGGCCAAUGUUGGCCUAGUCUUUUUAAAAUUAUUUAUAGUAAAAACUACAACUCUUUGGGAAACAGCUCUUUGCUUUAAUAAUGUUUGGACUGCACAUUGGUGCGCCGUGCGGUGAUGCUGACACCUGAGGCCUCAGGUGACUUCUGUGCCUUUGCAUUGAAGGGUGAAGUAAGCGAUCCCAGAGUGAAAACUAGAGAAUCAUGGCGGCAGCUUUGGGGACAGUUCUGUGCUCACCCAGCAGGUGCUUUAAGUGGGGUUGCAAUUACUUGGGUCAUGAAAUAUGAGCUAUUAUGAUAAUAAAGAGCUAUUAAGAUUAAAAAAAA